GCUGGCUCAUUUCUUCUCCACGCGAAGUUUCCUCAUUUUGUUUUUGUGUGUUGAAUUCUUGAUUUUCUACAAUGUCUGCGUUUACUAAGGCUAAGAAGUCUUUCCAGAAGAACCACAAGGAACGAGGGCAGUUACAGAAAAGAAAUAAACUUGGGCUGUUAGAAAAACAUAAAGACUAUGUCUUGCGUGCCAGAGAUUAUCACAAGAAACAAGCCAGUCUUAAAACCCUUAAAGAAAAGGCUCUCAAUAGAAAUCCAGAUGAAUUCUACUUUAAAAUGGUUAAUCAAAAAACCAAGGAUGGAGUACAUCACAAGACAACGGGGAAGAAACACGCAGCUAAGCAACUAAAAACCAUGAAGUCUCAGGACUUGAGUUACUUCAACACAAAAAGAAACACAGAAAUGAAGAAAAUAGAAAAGUUACAGGCUAACCUACAUUUACUGGAAGACCAUGAUGAUGAAACGCCACCAAAUCAACAUAUUAUUUUCGUAGACAACAAGAAAGAAGCAAGAGCCUUUGAUGCAGCCAAGCACUUCGACACCUUACCUGAACUGGUGUCAAGGACUUACAACAGACCAAAACUAGAUACAUUGCAACAUGAACCUGUGUGUGCAAAAGAAGACAAGAAGACUUUGAAGAAACUAGCAAAACGAAGGAACCAAUGUUAUGAAGAACUCAAACAGAGGAUUGAGAGAAAAGAAAAGAUGACUUUAAUGGUGCAGAAAUUAGAACUACAAAAACAUCUAAUGGGAAAGGGGCAUAAAAGAAAAGUGAAAGAAGAAACAGACGAGCAACCUGCAGUCUAUCGAUGGAAGAAAAAGAGACAAAAAUGAUGGGAUCAAAAUUACAUCUAUCAAACUAAUGGGACAAGAGCUUCAGGAAGCAGUUUAUGAGGAAAUACAAGAACAGAUAUGUACUUAGAAGUCACGUGAACGUUGUCCACUAUUUUGCUAAAUAGACCCUUUUUACUGGUACGGCGGCCAUCUUGAAUUAUGGGAUGCCGAGGGGGCAAACACGUGGAAAAAUUUAUAAAGCAUAGAGAGGCGGGGUUGCGUUUUCAAAUAAUUUGAAGUCUUGGUGUUUCGCAUAUCGUUUAUAAUGACGUCAUAUCAAAACAAACUAUUGUUUUAACGCUAGGGAUCAUGCAUGGUCGCUUGAGGGGGAUGGAAUGACAAUCAACACAUCUUAAAUGACAAUGAAAUUUGGUUUAUGAGCUGGUGAAGGCAAGAACAACUAAAUAUUACGCUAAAUAUCUUGAAAGAAGAGAAUUAAGCUUAAAUUCAGCCUAAAUUUCUAUCAUUUUAGCCGAUGUGAACAAACUGUGACGUCAUUAUGAAAUAGGUUUUUAGAUGUGUUUCUCAUUUAAAAGCGUAAAGUUAUAUUAAAAGACAUUCUGACUGUUGGCAGUCUAUUCAUUAUCCAAUAGUUGCCCCUCGGUACCCCCGCCAUCAUGUAUUCAAACAAUAAAAUUCAAGAUGACCGCCGUAUAGGUAAAAGGUCUAUUCAGUGCAAAACAAACGUUAUUUGUACAGCUAAAAAUAUUUCCACACAUUACAAUAAAAAUCAUUUAUUUCCAUUAA